AUGGUAUGUGUUGAUAUUCCUCGAUUGCAAACGCUGGAAAAUGAAAGGACCUGGUCUCGUCCGCUACACGACAAGCAUGCGGCAGACAGACAUCAGUUUUCUUUGCAUCUGAUGACAAUUAGUUCCCCCGGUGGACCACGGAGCGCGAUCCGCCGCCGCGCAACUCAGCAACACCAACAGGCCGUCGCGCACCAGCGCCCGAACUCGACCCGCGCCGCCGGCGCCGGCGGUUCGAGCUCGACGAUGCUCAAGCUGUACACCGACGAGGCCGCGGGCCUGAUUGUCGACCCGAUGGUCGUCAUGGUGCUUUCGAUUGGGUUUAUCCUUAGUGUCGUGGCGUUGCAUAUUAUUGCGAAGAUUACAAACAAGUUUUUGAGUAACUGA